AAUUACAGCUCGAGUUGGAGCGUGCUCGUACUACAGAGCUACACUGAGGUCUCUGCGCGCAUCGCACACUGCUGGGAAACGAGCGGACAGAGCGAAGUCUUCCUUUCUGCCCGGGAGAAGCCACGAGCACACUGGGAGGAAGACGUUCGGCUCUGAUACCACGUCGAUUGCAAAGACAGCACGGACUCUUACUGUCUGGCUAAUUCCUGUAGGUGCCAUUAGACUCCUGCAAAACCCUGUUAAAGGGUCACGGUGUUGGGCUGUCCUCUCUCUCCCGCUUGUCAAACCCAAAUCCUGAGUAACCAACGCGCGUUACCUGGACGAACACAAGGUUUGUUUGGUUUUUAUGGUGUUUCAAGCUGGAUUAUCACCUUCAGCCAGUACACACAGGUGGCCAGCCAACGCCAGCGAAGGAUUACAAUUGUUUGUAAAGCUCCUGGUUGUGCUUGCAGCGUCUGCAUGCGCGUCUUUUUCUCUGAGCAGAGAGCGAAGUGCUGAUAAAUCUGCUCCACCUGGACUUUGGACCUGAGUGAGGUGCUCCUCAGUGAACUGCACUUGACAGGAGCGGCACCGCCAAGUCUGGGAAGACCCUAUUCGUUGGCUACUUGAGCAACUGAGGGGGGGAACUGAAGAUCCUGCGAAAAUGCCGCUUGCACAGAUCGCGGAGCCAUGGCCCACAAUGGAACUAGUGCAGCUCGAAACGGAGAACGGGCAGAGCACGGCUGAGGAUGGAAUCACGCCUGCAGUCAAGGAAGAUGGAGACAUCAAGGAGAUCAACAUUACCCAUGUGGUCAAGGAGGGCUCAGAGAAGGCUGAUGCCUCUCAGUUUGAACUGCUCAAAGUUUUGGGACAGGGAUCCUUUGGCAAGGUGUUCCUGGUGCGAAAGGUGACCCCUCCCGAUGCCAACCAGCUCUACGCCAUGAAGGUCCUGAAGAAGGCCACACUCAAAGUGAGAGACCGCGUGAGAACCAAGAUGGAGAGAGACAUCCUGGCAGAUGUCAACCACCCAUUCGUUGUCAAACUGCACUAUGCAUUCCAGACUGAGGGGAAGUUAUACUUGAUCCUGGACUUUCUCAGAGGCGGAGAUCUCUUCACUAGACUGUCCAAAGAGGUGAUGUUCACAGAGGAGGAUGUGAAGUUUUAUCUAGCAGAGCUGGCAUUAGGGCUGGACCACCUCCAUAGCCUGGGCAUCAUUUACAGGGACCUCAAACCUGAAAAUAUUCUCCUGGAUGAAGAGGGACAUAUCAAACUCACAGAUUUUGGCUUGUGUAAAGAAGCCAUUGAUCAUGAGAAGAAAGCUUAUUCCUUCUGUGGUACUGUGGAGUAUAUGGCACCGGAGGUUGUGAACAGGCAGGGGCACACCCACAGCGCCGACUGGUGGUCAUUUGGAGUACUAAUGUUUGAGAUGUUGACCGGAGCGCUGCCGUUUCAAGGGAAGGACCGCAAAGAAACUAUGAACCUGAUUCUGAAGGCGCGUCUGGGAAUGCCUCAGUUCUUGAGCUCAGAGUCCCAGUCUCUGCUCAGGGCUUUGUUCAAGAGGAACCCUGCCAACAGACUGGGAUCUGGUGCUGAUGGUGCAGAGGAGAUCAAAAGGCAUGGUUUUUUCUCCACCAUAGACUGGAAUAAACUCUUCAGAAGAGAAGUAAAGCCACCGUUCAGACCAGCGGUGGCACGUCCGGAUGACACCUUCUACUUUGACUCUGAGUUUACCUCCCGCACCCCUAAAGACUCCCCUGGCGUGCCCCCCAGUGCUGGAGCUCACCAGCUCUUCAGAGGCUUCAGCUUUAUUGCAUCAACUCUGUUAGAGGAGGAAGGAUCAGUUGAGCCAGUCAAGCCGCCGCCGCACCCAGUGGUCCAGCAAUUACACGGGAAGAACCUGCUGUUCAGCGAUGGCUACGUACUGAAGGAAGACAUCGGCAUGGGCUCCUUCUCCGUGUGUAAACGAUGUGUCCACAAAGCCACUAACACGGAAUACGCUGUCAAGAUGAUUGACAAGACCAGUACAGACCCCUCUGAGGAGAUUGAGAUUCUACUUAGAUAUGGACAGCACCCCAACAUCAUAACGCUGAAGGAUGUGUAUGACAACAAUAAGCAGGUGUUCCUGGUGACGGAGCUGAUGCGCGGAGGAGAGCUACUGGAUCGGAUCCUCAAACAGAAGUUCUUUUCUGAGAGAGAGGCCAGCGCUGUGCUUCACACCAUUACCAAGACUGUAGAGUACCUGCACUCGCAGGGGGUGGUCCACAGAGACCUGAAGCCCAGCAACAUCCUCUAUGUUGACGAGUCGGGGAAUCCAGAGUCUAUCAGGAUCUGCGACUUUGGCUUUGCUAAGCAAUUGCGUGCCAACAACGGCCUGCUGAUGACCCCGUGCUACACUGCUAACUUUGUAGCUCCGGAGGUGUUAAAGCGUCAGGGCUAUGAUGAAGGCUGUGACAUCUGGAGUCUGGGAGUCUUAUUGUACACCAUGCUGGCCGGUUUUACUCCAUUUGCCAAUGGACCUGAGGACACCCCAAAUGAGAUCCUGAACAGGAUAGGCAAUGGUCACUUCAGUCUGACUGGAGGCAACUGGGACACUGUGUCUGAUGCUGCCAAGGACCUUGUGUCCAAGAUGCUUCACGUGGAUCCCCAUCAGAGACUGACUGCUAAGCAGGUCCUUAAGCACCCCUGGAUUGUCCAGAGAGACAAAUUACCCAACAGCCAGCUCCCACACCAUGACCCCAAACUUGUCAAGGGUGCGAUUACGGCCACCUACUCUGCCCUGAAGAACUCCCAACCAACUCCAGAGCUUAAGCCCAUCGAGAGCUCCUUCCUAGCACAGAGGCGUGUCAAGAAGCUUCCCUCCACCUCCCUGUAGAGACUCAAAACAAUCUAUCAGCUCACUGGAGACUGACCAAAACCACACACCCUGGCUCCAACCGAUCAGCUAGCUCGGGGGACUCAGUGUCCACCUGCCCUCUUAUCAGCCAAGGAACACUGACUGUGGUCCUGUCCCCAUCUUGUGACAUCAGUUGUCUUGCUCUUGCUAUCAUCCUCCUUGUUCGGGCUCGUCAGCUGCUGUUAGCCAGUUUUCUUGGACUAGUAAAAGAUUGUGAAGAUGGAUGGGGGCGAUGAGGACAAAAAAAAAAAGGUGCAGGUUUUUGGCAGAUGUAUUUUUGCUGUGUGUGGGUGUGUGCUUGUGCGUGUGUGUGUGUGUGUGUGGGUGUGUGUGUGUGUGUGAGAGAGAGAGAGUGUUUGUGCAUGACCUGCCACAGAGUCGAUGCAGCCAUGUUUUUGAUUGUGACGAUUACAAUUUUCUCUCCCCAUCAUUGCUGCAGUCGGUUACCAUUCAGCUUACUGCACGCCUGUCUGUCUGCCUGUUUUGUUGUCCGUCUCCCCGUUCUUUUUGUAAAGUUGAUGAGCUUUAUAUUACCGGGUGUGCUGCCAAAUCAACCUGUGCUCACAGCACAAAACCACAGUACUGUCCAACUGCUGUUAAAUGUUUUUGAAAGAGCAUUAUUAAUAUGAAUAUUAUACAUUACUGCCAUAAAUGCCUCUUUGGCUUUGGUAUAGCCAGAAUACGUGGAUUUUGGGAAAUGUCAAAUGCUGAUGUUUUGGUUACUGUCAAUCUAUGCUUGUAUUUUGUUUUAGUGUGUGCGUGUGAGAAAAUGGGCACGUGUGUCAGUUGCAUGACUUGGUGUGUGUGUGGGUGGGUGUGUGUGGACUGUCUUGCGGGAUGCUGCAGAGUCAUGUGCAUGGUCCAGUGACGUGAUGAUAUCAUGUGGCUUCCUUGUUUCUCUCCUCUCGCUUUUCUCUGCUUUGUCAACCUGCUGGCAACCAUUUGAAAUGUCUAUUCUUUUUAUUACUACAAAACUAGUAAAAUAGGUGGCUUUCUGUGAAAGAAAACUUGCCCAAGAAACAAUGUGGCAUGUUAAACGUUGUAUAUUUGCUUUGUUUUCUUUGUCUUUUUUCCCCAAGUUUUUUCCACUGUUUCUUGAAUGCUGUUUCCUGUGUUGGCUGCUUUUGUUGUUGACUGUUUUUUUUCUUUUCUUUUUGUCCAAAGAAAGUGGUGAUUAAAAAUAGUGAAAAGAUACGCUGAGCAUAUCACAGUCUGUGGACUUAAUGCUAUACAGGUCUCUCCUUCUGUUUUGAAAAGGGCAAAAGGCUCACUGUGUUUUAAUUUGAGCACUCCAACACAGCCCCCCUCCCCCUUAAAAACUGAAAAGUGUGGACUAUCUUCAGUAGUCUUGUGUUUAACUCUUUCAUUCAUGAAAUUUUAAUUGCCAUUGAUUCUGAUGAUUAUAUGACUUAUUUUCAUUCACUUGAUUUGAGACAUCCUAAAGAACAGGAAAUGUGUCUCAGUGUAAGUUGCUUCAUAGGGUAGGUCCUGCAUUCAUUUCAGUGCCUAGGCCUACAGGUGAGGCAGAAUGUCUUACAUGGAUAGCACAUACUAACAAACCAAACAGCCUGGACAAAAGGGAAGACUUGUGUGGCCCAGUUGUCUUACCUCAAAAGGGAUCAAUGUUAUAUAUAAUUCUUGUUUGGUGGCAAAACUCUCCCUUCCUUGACUAAAUUUAUGGUAAGAAGUUAUUGUAUGAUAAAGAUGAAGAGUUUUAUAUCUUACAAAUAUUAAAAAUUCAGUUGCUAUGACAAA